ACAAGUUUUCCUUUCAAAAUCCUCUUACUCUUCAACAGCUACAUCAGUUCAAAAUCACUGAUAUUCUUUGUGUUUUUAAGGAACAAUGAGCAGGCCUGGAGAUUGGAACUGCAGAUCGUGCCAACACCUAAACUUCCAGAGAAGGGACUCCUGCCAACGAUGUGGUGAGCCAAGACCCAGUGAUUAUGGACUUAGUUUUGGUGGAAGAGGUGGCAGUUCUUCGUUCGGGUUGACCGGCCCCGAUGUAAGGCCUGGUGACUGGUACUGCGCAAUGGGGAACUGUGGAGCACACAACUUCGCCAGCCGCUCCAGCUGCUUCAAGUGUGGAGCACUUAAGGAUCAUGACUCCUCCGGUGGCGGCGACUUUGAUGCUGAGACGUCGCGGCCUAGAGGAUAUGGGUUUGGCGGCAGCAGCAGCAGUGGCGGCGGCCGCUCUGGAUGGAAAUCUGGUGACUGGAUUUGCGCCCGGCCAGGAUGCAACGAACACAACUUUGCUAGCAGGACGGAAUGCUUCAGUUGCAAUGCACCAAGGGAGUCAAGUAACAAGCGUUCAUACUAAGAGACAAUCAAGAUACAAGGAUUCAAAUGAUAAGAAGCCAAAAUGUUACUCUUAUUUAAUUUUCCCUGUUACUUCUUUUCGUUAAUUUCCCAUGUUCUUUUUUCAUUUCGAUUUCAUAUUUUAAGUGAGUUUUUGAUGAAUUAAGCAGAGCUCAAUCUUUAAUUUUGUGAACUUUUGUCAUGAAUAUUAAUUAGACAUAUACCCUUUGUAUUUGGGGACGUUUUAAUUU